UAUACAGUUGAACAUCUUUUAUCACGGAAUUCUAUAAAAUUCUAUCGCGUCACCGUAUUUUUAACCCUGUAGAUCUGCAAAAAUAAGUAAAACAAAAAGUUUCUCGCUCGAUCUCGAAUAUUGUGUGAGUACUCGCCGAGAUAACCUCCAGACUCCAAGUAAGAACAAAAUCGGCUUGAUCAAGUAUGGCGAAACGCGUCCAGCCUUCCUGGAGCCCUCCGGAAAGGAAGGACGGCCCUUCGCUCAAGCUGUACAACAGCCUCACCCGCCAGAAGGAAGAAUUCGUUCCCCAGCAUCGCAAUCGCGUUCUUUGGUAUAGCUGUGGGCCUACCGUCUAUGAUGCCUCCCAUAUGGGUCACGCGAGAACAUACAUUUCUUUUGAUAUUUUGAGGAGGGUCUUGUUGGAUUACUUUAACUAUGAUGUACUAUAUGUCAUGAACAUAACUGACAUCGAUGACAAGAUCAUCAAAAGAGCUAGACAGAAUCAUCUCUAUGAGUGUUAUGUCAAGGAAAAUCAAAGUGUGGAUAAAUUACUGAGUGAUGCCAAGUGUGUCAUGCAAACUUUUGAGGAUACAGUAAAAAAUACAAAUGAUCCCGACAAGAAGAACAUGUAUGAAAAGAUGUUGGGGAGAGUUAGGAGUUCGAUUGAAAAACUCGAGGCUGCUGUGAAAUCGAAUAAUAGUGAAGAAAUCAACAAAUCCAAAGAGGCUUUGUUGUAUGAAUCUAAAGAUCCAUUCUCAGAUUGGCUUGACAGAAAAAAGGGCGAUGAAAUCAGUGAACAUUCUAUUUUUAGUAAGUUGUCGCAGUUUUUUGAAAAUGACUACCAUAAAGAUAUGGAUGCCUUAAAUAUUUUAAGACCCAGUGUACUAACUAGGGUCAGUGAAUAUGUACCAGAAAUUGUUUCUUUCAUUGAAAAAAUUAUUACCAAUGGCCUUGCCUACGAAAGUAAUGGAUCUGUGUACUUUGAUGUGAAAGCUUUUGAUAAAAGUGAAAAGCAUUACUAUGCCAAGCUGGUACCAGAAGCUUAUGGUGAUACCUCAUCAUUGCAGGAGGGUGAAGGCGAUUUGAGUGUAUCUGCCGAAAGACUGUCAGAAAAACGGUCCCCCACAGACUUUGCUUUAUGGAAGAGCUCAAAGGCUGGUGAGCCCUGGUGGGACUCACCCUGGGGCAAAGGCCGGCCUGGAUGGCACAUUGAAUGCUCUGUAAUGGCUUCAGCCAUAUGUGGCGAAAGCCUCGACAUUCACACCGGUGGUGUGGAUCUCAAGUUUCCACAUCACGAUAACGAGCUUGCUCAGGCUGAAGCAUACUUUAACAAUUCUCACUGGGUCAGGUAUUUCCUUCACUCGGGACACUUGACGAUCUCUGGAUGCAAGAUGUCAAAAUCUUUAAAAAACUUUAUCACUAUUAAAGAAGCCUUGAAGAAAAAUACCGCCAGGCAAUUGAGACUCGCGUUUUUACUUCACUCGUGGAAAGAUACGUUGGAUUACAGUGAUGCUACCAUGGAUAUGGCGGUGCAGUAUGAAAAAUUCUUGAACGAAUUCUUUUUGAACGUUAAAUGUAAAAUAAGGAACGUUGGCAGUGAUGGCAACAGUCUUGAUAUUUUCGAGAAGUGGGGCGAGCGUGAACUUGACCUUAACAAUAAGUUUUACACUGCCAAAGACGAUAUCCACAAUGCUUUGUGCGAUAAUAUCGAUACAAGAACAGUAUUAGAAAAAGUUAGGGAAUUAGUUACUAGUUGCAAUAUCUACGUAAAAGACUGCCAAAAUCCCAAUACUCUACUGCUCCGGGAUAUUGCAGUUUACAUAACAAGGUUGUUCACUACUUUUGGAGCCAUUAAGACCCACGAUUCGAUUGGUUUCCCACUUGAAAGCGAAUCUCAAAAUGUUAACGUGGAAGAAACGGUAAUGCCUUACCUCGAAAUCCUCUCAAAGUUCAGAGAGAAAGUACGAGAGCUCGCGAAAACGCUGAAAGCCACAGAUAUUUUAAAAGAAUGCGACAGGUUGCGCGACGAUGCCCUGCCUAAUGUUGGAGUUCGGCUCGAGGAUGACGAUUCGGGAUGUCGCGUGAAACUGGUUAGUAAGGAAGAGCUGUUGAAAGAGCGCGAGUUAAAGAAACAGCUCGAGGCUGACAAGGCAGCUGAAAAGGAGAGGAAAAAGGCCGAGGCAGCCGAAGCUGCGGCAGCAAAGGAGCAGCAAAAGAAGGUUCCACCCAAAGAAAUGUUCAAGCUGGAGAAGGACAAGUACUCCCAGUUUGAUGAAAAUGGUCUUCCUACACACGAUAUUGAAGGUAAGGAAAUUAGUAAAGGUCAGAUGAAGAAGUUGCAGAAGUUGCAACAAGCUCAAGAAAAAAGGUACAACGAGUACCUUGCCAGUUCGCAAAAUGGUGCAUGAUAAAUAAUAGCUCACAUUUUUGAUAUUGACAAUGUGUAUGAUAUAAAAUAUCUGCUUGAAACUCUGAAGUGUGAAUAUUAGUGUAAUGUUUUUAGUGGCUCAAUGUUUUCAACAGUUUAUUUGUAUUUAAAAAUAUUCCAUGUGAAUAUUAUUUUUUUUUCAAAACUAUUAAGAUUAAUCAAAUAUUGAGCUCGAUUAAAAAAAACUUUUAUGUUGUGUUUACCGUAUAAUACUUACAAGCUUUACCUAUACUUUCAUGAUA